CCUUCAGCGAUUUUUCUGGGUGACUGUUGCGUUGCCAUCAUUUCCUAUCUUCUGUUGUUACUUGUUGAUGAUUCUGAUCCUGGCUCCAAUAUGGCAGCGGAAAACUUCUCCAGUACAAAUCCGUCCAAAUUAUUCUUGCAACUGUGAUCAUGCAACCCAGUGCAAUUAGUAACCAGAUGGCUCAGCUGGUAAAGCACAGGACUAGAAAUUUUCUCCAUUGGAUGUCUUCAUGGUCUAUUGCAUUUGCCCCCUUAAAAUUCCCAUUGCAUUCUGUUAAGUUUAAAAUGAAAUAAAAACCAUAUCAAUUUUUCUUUACUGGUUAUUGGUAAUGUCAUGUAUAUAUGCUUUAUAAUACAUGUAUAUACGGUAUGAUGUAUUUUUAUGUAUAUAGAUUUUAUAUACCUGUUUGUGAAAUUUGGUAGAAGUUGGUUUGAUUAAACAAUGCAUGAAUAAAUAAAUGGUAAUGGAGAAGAGAGAAAAUUUAGGAAUGAAUUGAAAAUAUAAUUUGACAUAUCAAUUAGCAAAAGGAAAUAUGGAAAUAUUUUAUUUUUUAAAAAUUCCUUGGUUUAUAAUUCGGUAGUGGAAUGUGGUGCAUAAUCAUUUCUGUUAAAUUAAAUGAUUUUUUUAAAGAAUUUACUGGAAAGAAAUUUUUAAGAGUACAUGUAUAUUAUUUGAUUUUAUACAUGCAGUAUGCAAUUAAUCACGUUUGUAUUUGAAAUAUUUAUAUAUGCAUGUUUUAAAAAAAAUGACAUAUCAUUAAAGUGCAGAUGUAUUGUUUGGUAAAGAAAAAUAAAACUGUAUUUGGAUGUUUUGAGUUGAUUUUAAGCUUGUUACAUGCAAUAGGAAGACAUUGCCACUGACAAGAAGCUCAUAUCUUGUUAUUUACUAAUACAUCUCUUCCAAAGAUUUUCUACAAGAGGGCAUUUUCAUGUAAUUUUGAAGUAUGAAAUUCAAAAGGAAGAUCUUUUAUCGGUGUGUCUAUCCAUUGAAAUUAAAAAUCUCCUAUAGGAUUAAAUGUGAUAGGUUACAGGUGAAUUAAGAUAUACAAUGAAUAAAGCAUUUUAUUUAGAAAGAGAAAAAAAGAUUAGAAAUAACCAAUAGUUGAAAUGAAUAUUGUAAGAUUUAUAACCAGUGAUGGAAUAAAUGAACACCUGGGGAUUAGUUUAGAUCGAAGCAUAGCCGGAUAAAAUCACGUCCGGAAAAAAUUAUGCUUUUGAAUCCGGUUUCUUUUUUACUGCAACCGCAGUUGCAACACGUAAUAGCCUACUGUACUUCAACAAGCCGGUCUCAUCUCACAUCUAACACAAUGGCCAGCACCGCUUCACCACACUGGGAAGUUGUCGGGAAAGGAAAGAAGAGCAAAAUACCCACACCUGUUAGUCGUGGCGAGAGGAAGAAAAUCGCCGAGGGGAUGCCGAAAGUUGAACAUUACACCCCUGCUUUAAAGGAAUCCAGCACUCUGUUCAAUGUUUUUCUGGAGAAAGAAAAGAAACAGCAACAGGCCAAUGCACAAGCCAAAGCAGAGGCAAAAGACUCGAGCAAGACCAAUGGUUUUACUAAUGCAGGGAAAAAACCCGUUCAGCAAAAGAAGAAACCGCAGAAAAUAGAACCAGAGAAACUGAGGCCGAGUAGUGACUUCUUGGAAGCUGUAGCAGAGAUAAAGAAGGAUGAUUUAGAGGCUGCCUUGAUGGUUACAAAAAGUAGUUUUCCUGGAAAUAUUGAGGUUUGGUUGAAAGACUUAGCCUCAUUGUUGAAUAUCAAACUUGAACAAUGUCCUGAGCCGGAUCCAUUCUUGAAAAAUAAAGCUAAGGAUUUUCCUAUGUGUCAUUUGAGCAACAAAUGUCAGGAUGUUGUUAAAUCUGUGAUUAGAGAAGCAUCAGCUGAAACUUUAGAGCACCUGCUAUAUCACAGCAUUACAACCAUGCUAUCAGAAAUGAACAAAGGUAAUUCCAGCUAUGGAUAUAGAAUUUUCAUUCAAAUGUUGGUAUAUGUGAAGCCAAAUAUUGCAUUGACCAAAACACAGCAGUACUUGGAGUUGCUGACCACUCACCAGAACAAACUUCCCAGGUGUCUGUCCAUUCUCUGGUGUCUGGGUGUGUGUGGUAACAAAGACUUCAGGAGUGGACUCAGAGUUUGGAUGGAAGUGAUGAUGCCCAUGUUGAAAGUUAGACCAGUGGCUCCAUAUUGUGUGGAGUACCUUGAAGAGCUCUUCCGGACUCAUACCGACAUGAAGAAGCUGUCGGGAGAAAUGUCGUUGAAAGAAUAUUUCUUCCUGGUUGACAUGAUCUUCAAUGACCAGAAUAUGCCAAAAGAUCUUGCCAAAAAGCUGCAGACUCUCUAUCCAAAACUAAAGAAAAUAGCCUUGGCCAAUGAUAAGACACCUGGUCUGAGACAGGUGUUUCCAUCUUACCUUACCAGAGUAACACCUGGAAGUGGUAGAACCAUGAAAUCAGAGGUUUUGCCAUGUUUAGUGGAUUGCCUUGCAACUGACAAACAAUGUUUUGCUGUGUGGUGUCAGAUGUACACAAAACACUUGUCACAAUCAAGUGUGUUGCUGAAUCAUCUGGCACAGAAUUGGAACAAGGUGGGCUCCAAGAUUGACAAGAAGCUGUUCCAGAGUACACUGAGGUCGUUCUCCAUUACAAAUGAAGAAUUGGCGACUCAGGGCAGGAACAGUAGCGAGGGGUAUCAGGAGUGUGUGGCUGCGUGUAAGGAAUUGCUUCAAAAAAUGGAACAGACACACUUCCCAUGGUUUUGGAUGGUUUUCCUCUUCUUGAUCAGCACUCUGUCUGCAAUUAUUGCAUAUGACAUUUACUCCAGCAAGACUUUGAAAGCUUCUAGAACAGUGAGAUUCCUGGAGGACUAUGGAAUAUUGGCUUUCACUGAGCAGGUGUGGAGUAGACUCACUCGCUAUACAUUAAUUGCAUUCAGUUGGCUGAGAGUGAACAUUCCUUUGUACGCCGAGAAAGCCAUCAAUACCAUUUCUCCCUAUGUUGCCCUGGGAUGGUCUAAGAUCACGUUUGGCAUUCAGUAUGUGUGGGAAGUUAGCACUCCUCAUCGGGAGUGGCUGUACAUCAAACUACUUCAAUUAACAGAUCAGGUUUACUCGCUGUCUCCAGAUCUGUGGUCCGAUCUUAGCCAUUAUCUUUCAUUAUCCUGGGAUUUCUUACGGGACAAAACAUACCUCAUAUGGACCAGUAUGGUCCAAUUAUUUUUAACAUCCUGGAAAUGGAUUGAAACAGAAGUUUUAUUAGGUCAAUAUACUCCAGAUGUUCUGCAACAGUUUUUUCGGACUGCAAUAUCUUUUGUUCAAAGUUCAACAAUUUCUUUUACACAAUGGUGCUCAAAUUUAUUUCAAACUUCACAAGGGAAAUAACUCUGUCUCUGGAAGGAAAACACUGAGAAUCUCAGGAUACGCAUAGCUUUUACAGAGCAUAUAGUAUAAACAAAAUUUAUUGAAAUUGAUACAUGUAGAAGACCUUUGUGGUAUUGUGAUAAUAUCCUAAUGCUAUAAUUAAAAAGUUGUUUGUUUGCCCUUGCCCAGCCAAGAAAUAUUUCUCUGAUGCAGAAAUUUUUUCAUGCUGUUUUUAUCACAAUUUGAAUUUCCUAAUUAAAUCUCAAAUUAUCUAGAGAUACAUGUCACAUUUUCAUCAAUAAACAAGUUGUGUUUGCUAUUACCUAGCCACCUAGAAUUUUUAUAUAGAAUCAUCAGAGGGCAAACAAAGAUAUUUUAAAAGUGGCCUUAGAUUUGAACUCUACAUGUUUGAGCUUGGUUGUAUGCUUAUGAAUAAUUAAUAUUAAACCCACCCUAACAUUAUUUAAGUUUCACCAAAUGUCUCAUUCUUAAGAAUAAAAGAGAAAUAUUUUUUUUGUAUUACAGUACACUGUUGAUUUAGUUAAAUAUUAGUCAUGAAAGAGCAAAGAAGAAUAAAAUUGUUAUUCUACUGUGA